CUGACAUCCAUCUCUCCCCAGGGAAUGAGGAGAGCCACGGCCACCUUCAGAGGGGCCAAGGAGGAGUCUGAAGAGAGAAAGUUUCAGCAGCUUCCCCCCAGUCUUCAGCCAGGAGAUGGAGCACAUCCUGUGGGGCACGUGGUGACCAGGGGGGACACAGUGCUGGCUGAGUGGGAUUUGUGAAGGAGCUCUGGGAACAAGUGUCCCCAUGGGCUGGGGACACGGGGACAGCAAUGGGGGCCUUGCACCGUGACCCUUCAGGGCUGGGACAUGGAAAAAUGGGCUGGUGGGGACAGGAGAGCAAGGGGCCGUGCUGGAUGAGCUGGGGGGACCUGGCACAAAUAUCCUGGCACAAAUAUCCUGGCACAAAUAAAUACCCAUCACAAAUGUCCAUCUCCACCUGGGGGUGGCUGGAGGGGCACCGGGGUCCCAGCUCUCCCCAGGAGCCCCUGGGAUGCGAGGAGGUGCAGGAGCUCGAGGUGCCCCCCGCAGCCCCCUUUAGGGCGAACAUUUCCACCCCUGCUGCCUGCCUGGGGGAGCGCUGCCUCACCCGGUCCUGCUCAGGAGAUUUGGGUCCCCCCCUCACCCCGCUGAGCCCCAGGGCUCAGCCCCACGCCACUGUGCACCCAGGGGCCCGUGACGGCUCUCGGGGCGUGGGAGGGGACGUGCUGGUGGCGCUGGGGCCGCGGGGAGGGGGCCGGUCCCCGCGGCCGUGCUUCGCUGGUCCCAUCUGCCACGGCUCGCAGCCAACUUCUGCUUCUGCGAGCGCCGGCCUCACUUCUCCUUUGCACCCCGAGACGGGCAACCGCCAGGCAGCGGGGCCACCCCACAGGCACCCCACAGAGCCGGGCGGGAGCCAGCAGGGAUCGGGACUUGCCCGGCAUCUUCCCGCAUGGCACAGAGCGUGCUCUACGCCGACCUGCGCUUCGCCAAGGGGCCGGGGGGCCGUGGCACGGCCAGCCAGGCACUGGAGGCAGCCUUAGGCAUGGACGAGGCCGAGAGCCCCUACGAGAACAUGGCAUCGGGGCCGGCACCCGCGGGGCCGGCUGGGGAAGGGACCUUGGAAAGCCCAGGGCGCUGCUCCCGGCGGCUCUGUGUCUCUGCGGGGCUGCUGGUCACCUGCCUGCUGCUGAUGGUGGCUGCCGUGGUCCUGGGGGCCUGCUACUGGCAGGCGACCCGCGAGCUGCGGGACACGUCCCUGGAGCAGGCGGCCGAGCGCGGCCGCUUCUCGCAGGAGGCGCGGGCGUGGGAGCAGAGCCUGGAGCAGGCGCGCCGGGAGCUGGCGCAGGCGCGCACGGAGCUGCAGCGAGCGUGGCGAGAGGGCAACAGCAGCCUGCUGGAGCUGGGCAGGCAGGAGGCCGAGCUGGCACGCGUCUCCAUAGCCCUGGCUGGUGCUGAGAGAGAGCUGCAGGACGUGCAGGGGAGGCUCAACACCAGUGAGAGCACUGUGAGCCUGCUGCGCUCCUGCACGGCUGUAGACUGCUGCCCCUCGGGCUGGCUGCUGUACCGCGGCAAGUGCCUCUUCGUGUCCUCGGAGAAGAAGACGUGGGAUGACAGCAGAGCGGAGUGCGAGAGAAAAUACUCCCAGCUCCUGAUCACCAAGUCCUGGAGUCGCUGGACCGUGCCAACCUUCCUGAAGAACGCGGACACCGUGUACUGGAUCGGGCUGCAGAAGACCAGCUUCCCCUGGUAUGACUACGGCUGGCUGGAGGAAGGGGAGCCGGACAGCGACGGCAUCACGGACGCCUGGUUCUGGGUGGACGGCUCGCUCUACGACAGGCCCUGGCAGUCGAAGCUGAACGGGUCCUGUGCCGUGAUCAGCCGCGGGAACAUCAAGCCGGCGCCGUGCGAGGCUGAGGACGACCUGCACCUCUGGAUCUGCGAGAAGGCGGCGGGGCCGAGCGGCCCUUUCAUGUGAUGGGUGGCAGCUGCUGGCCACGCGCCCGCACCCCUGCUUCAGCCCUGCUGCACCCCGCGAUGGAGCCUGCCCCACGCACAUCAGCCCCUUCCCGUGCUGCAGAGCCCUGCCCGACCCCAAACGAGGUGCUACAGCGGGGCAGCACAGCCCCAAAAGCCAGCCCCAUGCCCCCAGCAGCGAGCCCCCAUGGCCAGCGCCACCGCCGCCGUGCAGUAGCCCCAGCCCUGAGGCUGGAGCAGGGGAUAGCACGGCGGCACCUGCCCCCACCCCACUUUUAGGCUUUUAGGAUGGCCGCAGCUUUCAGGCAGCUUCAGAGCCCGAGGAUGGAGCCAUCACCAGCGCUGGCAUUUAGGACUUCUGCUAAUUAGGGAGCAGCGCAGUGACCUUUAGGAUCGCAGCCUUCUGACGGCCCAAGCAGCGCCGGCACUCGCGGUGCUUGGACACGAGACGAGCCACCGGGGAUUUUAAUAGCUGCCACACGUGCAGCGUGGCCCUGAUUUACCUUCAGCCUGGCGAGAGCAGAGGAAGUCAUGUUCAACCAGGCAAAGAUGCUCUCGGGUUUAUUAUCGGGCCCUGCGUGCCAUUUAUAGCCGAUUAAUUGGUAUGUAAAUCACCCUGUUUGAAGAGCACAGGGCUGUUACAGGCGGGUUUUGGAGGCGCACGUGUCGUUGCUCUGUCUUGCCCACCGGCUGAACCCACUUUGUAGCAAAUAAAGAGCUUGUCUGCUGAUUG